UGGAGAGAGGAGGGACCUUCACUCCACAUUGGGUGUGAUCUCAGCAACAUGAAGUCUUUCCUGAUGCUCCUGGCAGUGGCAGCCAUCACCAUAGGGCAAGCCCAAGCCCUCCAGUGUCAUGUCUGUCGAAGUUCUGACAACUGCAAGAAACCAGAAUACUGCCCUAAUUCUUCUCAGUUUUGCAAAACAACUAUCAACUACCAGCAAUUAUCGGGGAACCUUGUGAAUAAGGAAUGUGCUGACUACUGUAUGGAGCAGAAAAUUGAGGCGGGCCAGACCAAAUCCCAGAUCCGGUGCUGUAAAAGUGACCUGUGCAAUGUUAAAGUCGAGAACUCAGCUCCUGUCCACACGUUCCUCAGCAAUGCUGUCCUGGCCCUCAGCCUUACCCUGGCACUGGUCUCUGUCUUCUACUGGCCCAGCCUGUAACCUAUGGGACCCUUAGCCAUGCCACAACCCACUGCCCACCCCAAGCCUGCCCUGGAAGGUUCUGAGCCUUCUCUCCACACAAUUCCAGCUCAGCUCUGUGUCCCUCCCCAAUCCAUUUACUUCCUCUCUAAACUCCUCUUAGUCUCCAGGAUAAGGAGCACACAAGGAAGGGAUGCUCAUUCUGCUCCCAGAGAUCCAGGAUGUCAGUUCUGCUCCUCACCCCUGCUCAGAGUAACAUCUCAGUUGUCCACUCAGUGACUCACCCUCACUAGGGACUCCUGCCAGAUCUCUCCAGGGAUUCAGAGAUCCUGGCCACAUUACACAGGAUCACUUCUCAGGAGAUCCUUGGUCUU